GAAGCAGUUUUGUUGUGAGUGAGGGCAGCUACUUGGACAUCUCCGACUGGCUGAAUCCUGCAAAGCUCUCCCUGUACUAUCAAAUCAAUGCCACCUCACCAUGGGUCCGUGAUCUUUGUGGGCAGAGAACAACGGAUGCGUGCGAACAUCUCUGUGAUGAAGAAACUGGUGAGUGCAGCUGCCAUGAAGGAUAUGCCCCCGAUCCUGUGCAUCGACACCUUUGUAUCCGUAACACCUGGGAACACAGCGAAGGCCCCUGGCCGUACACAACUUUGGAAAGAGGUUAUGAUUUGGUGACAGGAGAACAAGCUCCAGAGAAAAUUCUUAGGGAAGAAGCAAUGUUGUCCACCUAUUUCGAGACCAUCAACGACCUGCUCUCGUCCUUUGGACCGGUUCGUGAUUGUUCUCACAAUAACGGAGGCUGUACCCGCAACUUCAAAUGUGUAUCGGAUCGUCAGGUGGACUCAACCGGUUGUGUGUGCCCUGAGGACCUGAGACCCAUGAAGGAUGGGACCGGUUGCUAUGACUACUCGAAGGGGAUUGAUUGCUCAGAUGGCUUCAACGGGGGUUGCGAGCAGCUGUGCCUUCAGCAGACACUCCCUCUCCUGUGGGACCCAACCUCUAGCACCAUCCACAUGUUCUGUGGUUGUGUUGAGGAGUACAAGUUGGCUCCAGAUGGCAAGUCCUGCCUCCUGUUAUCGGACAUCUGUGAGGGCCCCAAGUGUCUCAAGCCAGAUGUGAACUUCAACGACACUCUCUUUGGAGAGAUGCUUCAUGGCUACAACAACAGGACCCAACAUGUCAACCAAGGCCAGGUUUUCCAGAUGACCUUCAG